GAGUUGUUGAAGUGAAGCAUGGAAGCUGGACUCAUACGGUAGUGCAGGUAUGGAUUCUGGACAUAGGUACCGGUAGCACAGCGCCCGCUACUGCACUGUGGAUGCAAUGCCUGGUAUCCAGGAAUGCAUGGAUGGCGCAUCAUUCGUGGACGGACGUCUGUGUGAGAGUCCGGGCUACAAAAUUUCCAAGAGCAGCGGGUAAUGUUUGAUUUUGCAGAGGAAUUCGAAUUAUUUCAAGGUAAAAGUCAAGCAAAAGGGACCAUCAGAUGUCAGACUCCAUGGAGGAGCCAGCGACUCCGGCUGCUACUCGCGGUGGUGUAGGAAGCCAUGGUGGGAGUGCCAUGAGGGGGGAGGAUUUCACAACAUUCAUCAAAGCUCUCACGGAAAAGUAUGGUCUCUUUGAGAAGACGUCCAGGAUAAAGCCACCCCAGUUGAGCUUUGAUAAGACACCUCAGCAGUCAGGCAGGAAACAUUCCCCUGAGGGCCAGCUCUCAUCCCAUGCUCAGGGUACGGUCAGCAUUAAAGACGGGGUUUCCAUCGCGGAUGUAAAAAGUAAAACAGAGGGUAAACCUGAGCUGUCUGCUGGUCCUCCACAGACCAGGCGUACAGGCCGAAUUGAAAGCCCUGAUCUUAACGCUACGUCCAAGCUGGACAUACCGGGCUUGAGACUCGGGGUCUCAGAUGCAAUGCCGGGUGGUCAUCCUGCAGCUACAGCACCCCACCACCUGUCUGACGCAUCACAGGACCCCAUCAACCAUGCAAUGGAAACCCAGCUGUCCCCGUCCCUCUCGCAGUCUCCCACCUUGCCCACCUCCGGAUCAGAGGCCAGCUUCACACGGCAUAGGGCAUCACAUCGGCAGGCUUGGCAUUCCAAGGAGCCUCAUGAGGACUCCAUCGAUGGGAAUACUGACAUACUUUCCGAGCCGCGCGGUCAAGCAAACGAGGCAUCCAACACGUCGGCAUUGCCCUCACCUAGCUCCCCUGCUGGUAAUACGCUGGCACCCUUCACCAGGCCAGUGCUGUACCAGGAUCAGGCCAGUGGACAGGCCUCUUCCCAACCUCCGCUGCUGCCAGGCCGCAGUCCGAGACGGCCCCCGCGGUGGCUUCCCCUACUAACCAGCAUUGAGGCUGAAGCGAGGCUCUCAGACAUUGGGGGAGGAGAACGGAUGCGUGAGCCUGAUGCCGAGGCAACACCGGGGGCGGACGGAGAAGCAUCGCAAGCUGACGGCACUGCCCCUGAAACGAUGCUUGAACCGUCUGCUGCUUCUGCUGAGACCCCGCAUGGUGGCAUGCUCAAGAGGUUCCAGGAAGCUUCGACCAGCGAACUAGAGGGAAGUAAGGCCAGCGCUGGGGUUUCCCCUCCAGGAGAUGGCGGCCACAGUCAAGCUCAUGACCAAGAAAGUGCAGACGAUGAGCGGGAGCGGCAGGCAGGUUCGCAACCUGGGGGUUGGUCAGCGCUCAACCGCAGCUUGCGGGACAAUGGCUUUGGGUCGCUGCGUUCUCCACAGGAACCAGGGUUCUUUGUGGACGUGCACGCAGUUUUCAAGGAUCUUCUGAAGCAGUAUGAGAGGCGGGGAGCCAUGGUCCAGGAGCUUCUUGGAGCCAAUGAGAGUGCCAAGGAGGCGCAGUCCCAGCAACAAGCAGACUUGCAGCGGCUGGCUCACGAGAAGGAAACCCUUGAAAGCAAAGUCGAAGUUCUGGAGCACCAGGCAAAGGAGGCUGCAGAGGGGGUGGACCAGGCGGGAGCCAACCUGGCCGAGCGGAUACGGAAGCUGGAGUCUGCUAACGCUUCCCUCCAGCAGCGGUGUUCCCAGCUGCAGCAUCUAGCCCGGGCCAAGGAGAGAACGGCCCAAAAGCUGCAGGACAAGCUAGAAGAGACAGUCCUGAAGGAGGAGAAGCGUCGAAGUCGUGAGAAGGACAUCUAUGAGAAGCUGAAGCGCAAGCUUGCGUCUGACGCGCGAGGUCGGGGGUGGGGAGAUCUUGGGAAGGCAGCAGCCGUUGCUGCCAGGGAACUGCAACCAACUGUGCUGGUCGGCCUGUACGAGGCGCAGCGUGAGGCUACAGACGCGGAGCUGAGCAUGUUGCGCAAGGAGCUGGCGGCGGUGCAUGCGGAGCUGCGGGACAAGGACAAUCUGAUCAUGCGCAAGGACCGCGCGGGCGGCUGGAAAACCCUCGAAGUGGGAGUGCUGCUUGAGAAGCAAAUGGCGGCAGAGAAGGCGGCCAGCGAGGAGGCCCUCGCACUGGCGGCCCUGGAGGCCUCGCUCGCGGAAAAGCAGCAGGACGCCAAUCGGCGCGUAGCGGACGCCACGAAACGGGCGGAGCAGCUGGCGGAAGAGAACGCCAACCUGCGGCUGGAACUGGAGGCGCGGCCCUCGGUGCGCGACUUCCGGGAGACGCAGCGCCUGCUCUCGCGGCUCACCCGCAAGAUCGAGGACAUGCGCAAGCAGCAGGGAACGUGGAGCGACAGCGACUCCGAGGAGGAUGCGUUAGAGGAGGCGGAGCUGGAUGGCGCGGUGGCGCGCAAGCAAGAGCGGCUGCGGCCAACGCGCGAGCGCAUCGCGCGAGACCGCAACGUGCAUCGCUUGCGUCUCAAGAAGCUCGACAAGCUGCCCAAGGACGUCCUGCUUGAGGCGCUCCAGGACGUGUGCAUCCAGGUGGAGGCGGCGGAGCUGUCGCAGCUGACGUCAUCCGUGGACAAGAUGCUGCGCGUGAUGGCGGCGGUGCCCAAGAUGGAGCGCUUCAUCAGUGACGUCUGCAGCAUCGUCUUCCUCGAGGGGCCACCACCCAACAGCAGCAACGGUUCGAACGGCCAGCGCAGCCCGGAUGCGGUACCGAGCAUCCUGCGGGGCUGGAUCGAGACGCUGGGAAAGGUGCGCGAGCUGGAGGAGUUCCAGGCGGUCAUCGCCACUGAGCUCGGGCAGCGGCCCGAGGGCAGGCAGACGGUGCAAGGGCCCAACCUCGCAAGAAACUGCGCAGCGGCUGUGAAGGAGUUGGUGGGCUUGGAGCGCGAAUUCCUGCUGAAGGAGGCCACGUUCCGCCAGGCCGAGGGCCUCGUGCUGGCCGACCCCGAGCGGCUUAUACACAAGAUGCUCGCGCACUUCCAGCGGCUGUUCGAGGUCCCCCGGCUGGACGGCGUGUUCGCCCGGAUCAACGCCGUGUAUAGCCAGUACUCAGAGCACCACAACUUCCUGCGCGCCCUGCGCUCGCUGCUGGGCCUGCCUGACAACGCGGGCACCGGCGCUUGCAUCGCCCGCAUCAGGGCGCUCCUGGAUCAGGACGGGCGGGCGCGUGCCUUGGUGCCGGAGUACGUCCUGGGGGAAAAGAGGAACGGAGCUGCGGCAGGCGCAUCAGCCUCGGGCCGACCCGCAGAGGAGCCGACCGGCGACAAGGUUGGCCGUCGAGAGGUCGUCAACAAGCUGCUUCGACUGUUCCACCAGUCCGACGAGAAGCAGUUGGUUGCGCAUUGCGAGACGAUACUCUCAAGGUUGCAGCGCCACACACAGGUGCUCCCUCGUUACCAGAGUGUUGUCAACGAGUUGUACGACCUUCUAAGAGUGGCAACCUUAGAUGCCAUUGUCCCUGCUGUCAGAGCUCUGAAACAUGUGUAGGUAAGUCAAACGCACUCUUCGAUGUCGUCCUUCGAGGAGGUGAUGUCUUUGGCAACGUAAGGUGCCAUAUCAAUUGUAAAGAAAGUGUAUGUGAAAGUCAGCCCGAGCCCUUA